AUGGGAUCGAACAAGCCUUCUAAGGUUCUUUGGCUCGAUGCAAAAACCCCAACAAACUUCAAGCCAACGGCCGACUUUGAUCAGAAGAGCAUCAUUGCUAUUCGAGCUCAGCAAUAUUCAACCAACAAGCGGGUGGAGGAGGCCUUCUCGCUGUUGAGUGACCUGGCGAACGAUAGCCCACAGUCUCCACAUGAACGAACUGCAUCGUCGCCAGGCCAUGGGGUGAGAAAAGUGCCUCCGAAGAGCCGUCCCUCAGAAGAUACUCUUGAACAAGAUGACGCCCAAAAAUUCGCCGAGCGAAAGGUUUCCAAGAGGCGCCCCAGGCCGCAAUUCCGUGUACGCCCAACAAGAGCAACACGGAGUUCGUUUGUUGGGAAGGGAGCCUCGCUGUCAUUGCUGCUCCAAGGAGGAAACAGCGACCCGUUCUCUGCGACACCUAUUUAUCUGUCCGCGCUGGCAGGUCAUGCGGUGUCAAUAAUUGAACCACUAUCUUUGAGCACGAUCUGGGCAGAUGAAGUCGGGUCGGCUAAUGCGGCCAGAGUUCUGAAGCCUGCGCAUGGGGGAGUUUACCAGUUGUGCCUGAGCCAUGAAGCAGUGAUGCAUGGCCUCCUUGCGUAUUGCUGGUCGGUCAUGGCUCGUCUGCAUCUCCACAACAAGGAACAAUAUGAGGGGUACGCCCUUGACCAUGAAACUCGAGGAAUCCGGGGGCUGCAGCGACUGAUAGCAUCACGAUCCACUGCAGGUGAGGAUCCCGAGGUCCUGUCGCAGACCGUCUUGAUGUUGUGCUGCUCGGCAGUAUAUCGGUCCGACCUUGAUGCACUCUUUCUGCACCUGCAAGGACUGAAACAAAUGAUUCAGUCCAUGGGAGGGGUUGGCAAACUCUCUUGGGUCAGAAAGGAGAUCAUAAUCUACCUUGUUGUGCGAGUGGCAGCUAACACGGGCACGCGCAGCGUGCUCGAGGCUUCAACCUGGGAUCCUGGGUGGUGGUGGAAAGAUAGAUUUGCUUCCGAAACCACGCUUGACGUGGCGACCGGUCGCAAGAAAUCAACCCAGUUGCGCCCUGGCCGAUCUUCCUCUUCCGCCUGGUUGCGAACGAACGACUUCCCCUGCAUUUUCAUGGUUCUGCGUGAACUGGUGGAGGUGGAUAGUCUCAGAAAGCGUUUGGCUGAUGGCGAACCAGACGAGAUCAACAAGCUGUUCCGCUGGUCUUUCCUUCGGCGACAAGCUGUCAGAGCUCGAAUCUGGGACUACUGGUGUGAUCUAACAGAGCCGACCAAAGCUGUCGACCCGUGGCCGGGAAGUCCAAAGCCUACGACCGUGCACCGGGCAUCUGUCGGGAUGUGUCUGUGUCUCGCUCUGCACCUCUUCAUGGCCUUCGGUCUGGAAGCAUCACUCCUGGGGCAACCAUGGGUCUCCACGACACAGAUCUGGCACAUUAUGCUACUUCGAUGCCUGCAUAAGCUUGGAUUUGAGAGUGAUAAGAUUGAUCUGUCUCAUCCGGGUGCAUUGGAUCUCUUGUGGGUGUACGGUAUCGGGGCCGUUGUGGAGCAAAUGUCCCUGACCCAUGCCCUUCGAAAGCAGGCUAACUUUUGGAUCCUUUAUACUACUGACCAGGUCGACAUCCGAUGGUUUUCUGUUCGAUUCGGAAAUCUGGCUAGAAGGCUUGGCUACAGACAAUAUCGAGAUGUGGUUGAGCUCUUUCAAACACACUUCGUCCACAUAUCAUCCUUCCAGGACCCUAUCCUGAGCAAGAUAUUCGACCUUGGCCUUUGA